AUGGAUAGUCAGAAUCUCCCAUCAUGGAAGUCUAUGCCGGCUGUUCCGGGAAUGCCACACGGAUGUGCCUGGGGACUCUUUGACCGGAACAAUGUCAAGGAUGAAGUAGGCACCAUCAAUCUCCUCCAGCCAUCUACCAUUGUAAAUGCAUCCGAAGAGAUCAAAACAGGAAAAUCUGUUGCUCUCAACUGGCCUCUUGAUAGAGUUCAUGAACCUAGCUUUGAUCGUCCGAAUUUGCACGUCACAGUGAAGGACUGGAAAAAAGAAGGAGGGCCUUGGUAUUGCUACGAUGAUGAAAUCAGGCUCAACACUCAGUCUGGAAGCCAGUGGGACGGCUUACGCCAUUGGGGUCAUUCUGUUACUGGCUUGUACUAUAACGGCAUUCCACAUGAAUCGGUCCUUGAUACAUCACACCUUGGAGUUGAACAUUGGAGCAAGCGUGGUGGCAUAGUUGGACGUGGUAUUCUCCUCGACUACGUGGCCUUUGCUGCUCGACAUAAUAUCGAGUAUGAGCCUGUGACAAGACACUGCAUUACUCUCUCUGAUAUCCUGAAAAUGGCCGAGGAGCAAAGCGUGACGUUUCAGCGUGGAGAUAUUCUUAUUUUUCGAACUGGGUGGGUCAAGUGGUAUGAGGAACACAAGGAGGAAGAAAGACGCUCCAAGAUAAAGAAUGGAAAUGACCAUGUCGGCAUUGAAGGGAAUGAGGAGAUGUUUGCGUGGUUAUGGGAUAAUCACUUCGCGGCCCUGGCGAGUGACACAGUUGGAGUCGAGGCCUGGCCUCCCACUUUCCCAUGGUGUCUUCACGACUACGCCAUCUCUAUGUGGGGGAUGCCCCUCGGAGAACUAUGGGAUCUUGAGGCAUUGGCUACGGCAUGUGAGGAGGAGAACAGAUGGACUUUCUUCUUUACCAGUGCACCACUAAAUAACCCUGGUGGAAUUGCCAGUCCGCCCAAUGCUAUCGCUAUCUUUUAA